AUGGCAGUCGAGAGGAUCCAUGCCCGCGAGAUCCUGGACUCCCGUGGGAACCCCACAGUUGAGGUGGACCUGUACACACACAAAGGCAUGUUUCGAGCAGCAGUCCCCAGCGGCGCGUCCACUGGUAUUUACGAAGCGCUGGAGCUGCGAGACAAUGACAAGUCACGUUUCCUCGGAAAAGGGGUCCUGCAGGCCGUGGAUCAUAUCAACAGCACUGUCGCCCCAGCUCUCGUGGGCUCUGGCCUCUCUGUUGUGGAUCAAGAGAAGAUAGACAAUCUGAUGCUUGAGAUGGACGGCACAGAGAACAAAUCCAAGUUUGGUGCCAAUGCUAUCCUGGGAGUUUCGCUGGCUGUGUGCAAGGCGGGAGCUGCAGAGAAGGAUGUCCCCCUGUACCGGCACAUUGCUGACCUGGCCGGCAACUCCGAUCUCAUCCUUCCUGUGCCAGCUUUCAAUGUGAUCAAUGGAGGUUCCCACGCAGGCAACAAACUGGCCAUGCAGGAGUUUAUGAUCCUGCCUGUGGGAGCUGAAAGCUUCCGCGAUGCCAUGCGCAUCGGGGCUGAAGUCUAUCACAACCUCAAGAGUGUCAUCAAGGAGAAGUAUGGCAAAGAUGCUACCAAUGUGGGUGAUGAAGGAGGCUUUGCCCCCAACAUCCUGGAAAAUAGUGAAGCUCUGGAGCUCCUCAAGGAAGCUAUUGACAAGGCAGGCUACACGGACAAGAUUGUCAUCGGUAUGGAUGUGGCGGCCUCUGAGUUCUACCGUGAUGGCAAAUAUGACCUGGACUUCAAGUCCCCAGAUGACCCAAGCCGCUAUAUUUCUGCAGAUGAGCUGGGUGACCUCUACCAAAGUUUUGUACGUGAUUAUCCAGUGGUCUCCAUCGAGGAUCCCUUUGACCAAGAUGACUGGGAGGCCUGGUCCAAGUUCACGGCCAAUGUGGGGAUUCAGAUAGUGGGAGAUGACCUGACAGUGACAAACCCCAAGCGCAUCGAACGAGCUGUUGAAGAGAAGGCCUGCAACUGCCUUCUGCUCAAAGUCAACCAGAUUGGAUCUGUCACGGAGGCCAUCCAAGCCUGCAAGUUGGCCCAGGAGAACGGCUGGGGUGUGAUGGUGAGCCACCGAUCUGGGGAGACCGAAGACACCUUCAUUGCUGAUCUGGUUGUAGGACUGUGCACUGGGCAGAUAAAGACGGGUGCUCCCUGCAGGUCUGAACGCCUGGCUAAAUACAACCAGCUCAUGAGGAUUGAGGAAGAGCUUGGCGAUGAAGCACGCUUUGCCGGACACAACUUUCGCAACCCAAGUGUUCUUUGA